AUGGCAGGUUUGUUUGACAAGCAGGCAGCAAUAUAUUUGGAUGCUAGGCCAAAUUAUCCAAAUGAAUGGUAUGCUAUGCUGGCUGAUCUCACCCCUCACCACUCCUUAGCUUGGGAUGCUGGUACUGGCAAUGGACAGUCAGCUCUUGGUGUUGCGGAGCAUUAUGAGCAGGUGAUUGGCACCGAUAUAAGUGUAGAACAGCUAAAACAUGCUGUGCAACAUCCUAGAGUCCAAUACUUGCAUACCCCAUUAUCGAUAUCAGAUGAUGAGCUAGUGAACUUAAUUGGUGGUGAGAAUUCUGUUGAUUUGGUCACGGUAGCUGAAGCUGUGCACUGGUUUGAUUUGCCAAAAUUCUACGCAGUUGUUAAGCGAGUUCUUAAGAAACCAGGAGGUAUAAUUGCAGUUUGGGGCUAUAAUGACAUGAAUGUAAGUCCUACAUUUGAUGCAAUCAAGAAGAGCUAUCGAGAAGCCUGUAAACCUUACUGGAACCCAAAUGCCAAGUACGCAUUAGAUGGCUAUAGGACACUUCCAUUUCCCUUUGAGAAUGUGGGAUUAGGGUGUGAAGGGGAACCCUUAUUGCUAGACAUACCGAAGGAGAUCUCCUUGGAAAGAUACUUGGGGGUACUGAAAUCAACAUCAACAUACAAUACUGCCAGGGAACUAGGUGUGGAUUUGUUGUCUGAGAAGCUAGUUAAUGAGCUUGAAGAUGCUUGGGGUGGCCCUCGUGAAUUGGUCAGGUCAGUAACUUACAAGGCCUUCAUGCUUGCUGGAAAAAUCAAGCUGGACAGUGAAGAAUUGCCAAAGAACCUCUAA